UUCAUAUUUUUAAAUGAACUCGUCGAGUCAGAACGUAUCUAAGUGAAUUGUGAUAUAGAAUAUAUAAUACAAUAUCAAGGUUAACGACAAUAACAAAACUUAAUUAAAGUUACAGGUAAAGUCGUGAGAAUCAAGAUAUUUUGUGUGAUCAAAAACAACCAUAAAUCGUCAUGCUACUAAAUAUCAAAACGGUAAUUCUACUUACCUAUGGGAUGUUGUGUGUUAGAGAAGCACUGUGUUACCCACCACCAGUGCCAGUUGAUAUAUUGACGAGAAAUAUAGAACAUUUGUCGCAGCAAUUGGAACAUUCCAGAAUUCCAAUUGAAAAUCGAAGAUUAUUCUUUCGCCUACUAAUCAAAAAUAUUCAAGGCAAAACUCGUGACUUAUUUUCAAAAUUUACUGAGGCUCCAGCAUCUUCUAGAACUAUUGGGCCUUCUUGGCUUACAGGACCUACUGGGUCUAUUGGACCUACUGAGUCAAUUUGGUCUACUGUGGCUACUGGUACACCUAUGAAUAAUACACAAGACGCAGCUAAAAGAACUGAGACUCUUAGCAAGACAGAUCAACCAUAUUCUGAUGUUGCUCGAAAUAUAAAUUCUCAAAGCAAUUCUGGAUCUACAGUAGACAGUAAUGCUGUAGAAAGACAAAUUACUGAAGAACCAAAUCCAGUUGACCUGGAUUCUUACCCUACUACUACUGAUAUAAAUAAUGAAGAAGAUGAACUUUCAAUUAGAAUUGUGCCCCAGCAGGUUGUCGCAACGCUCCUAGGCUAAAAAGCUAUUUAAGGCUUUAUGUAUAACACUAACGGAAAGAUUAUUUUGUAACUAUUUAUUAUUUGAACAAAUAUUAAUAAUAAUAAUUUUAUAAGUAUUUUAAUGACUAGGUAUUUUCUGAACUAAAAUUCUAUGUAUUUUGAACUGAUUACAGUUAAUUAUUUAAGUUUAAUAUAUUUCUAUCAAAGAUGAUGUUAAUCUGUUUAUCCCCCCCUGGUCCUCCACAAACAAAUAAUUAAAACUAUUAAAUUAGGCAGAAGUUUAAAUACCAGUGAUUUCCCAGAGCUUCCAUUUAUCAGAAGUACAGGGUUUUUCCACAGAUUGACAUCGCUGAAGAUUAGCCCGAAUACAAAGCAAUAAAGUUAUUAAAAUUA